AUGGUCCGCACCAAGGACGGGGACGGCGGGAUCAAGAGUUGCUCCAUCGUCUCCGAAGUGCAGAAGCGGCCGUGUCUCUUCGACAGUAACCACUCGAAUUAUGGGGAUAGAGCUGAAAAACUCAGGUGCUGGGAGGAAGUCUGCGAGAGCGUAGUGCCGAGCUGGUGUACGCUGCCGGAGACGGAGAAGCUAGCGGCCGGUAAAGAAGUGCAAAAAAGAUGGCGCUCAAUCCGCGAUUCGUAUACAAAAGCGUUUCGACAAGGGAAAUGUCCGCCCCCUGAACAAUGUCCACCCGGCAGCAGACGAUACCAAUAUCACCGGCAGAUGUCCUUCUUACUCAAAGCUCUACAAAAUAAAAAACCAAGAUACUCACAAGACAAAUAUGAGUCGUUCUCAGAAAUAUCGAAUUCACCGCAACAUCCGCCGCCGGACGAAAUACCUCGCAUCAAAUCCGAGUUCAUAGACAAACCGCUCGACUUAAAAACAAAACCCGAUAUACCAGAGACAUUCGACAAGGGCAGUCAGACCAUAGACAGCGAGAAGAGAGAAUUUAAAAUCGACGCAAACAAUAUUCUACCAGAUGACCAUUUUAACGACGACAAAAUGUUUAUGAACUCUCUCUUACCGCUUUUUAAGAAAAUGGAUGACGAUACGAGACUGCUAUGUAGGAUAGAGGUUUUAAAAAUUAUAAGAUACGCUUUACAAGGGAACAACGGUUUAGAUGCUUUGAAAAAUGCAGAUGACAACUUCCUGCAGAGUAGAUUAAGUGCCAUUUUGACGAAGGAGGAAAUCAGCAAGACGGAUUCCAAGUUGUCUAUGACCACGCGGUCAGCUGACGGAAGCCGACCUAUACGGAAACGGAGGUUACGUUCACCAUCACCACUCCCCACGCCUCCGAAGAGAAGAGGCCCAGGUCGCCCCAGAAAGAUCAGACCUCCACCCUCGGAUUCAGAUGAAGAACGACCCAAAAAGCUCAAAUCAUUCCCGAAACUUAAGGUGUCUCCGGUGGAAGUCAAUUUACCUCCAGACGAAGAUUCGCUCAGUAAAGCUACCAGCGUCGCACAACUUUCCACACCCUUAUUUAUGAAGAUGUACAACUUAGAGCGUUCAAAACCCGACACAACAAAUAAUAUGCAAGUUUCAGUCAAAACAGAACCUGUCGACGCUGUGGAAUAG